AUGGCUGAUCCUACACGUAUCAUGACUCUCAAGGCUCCUGCUCGCAAGUCCGCCAGGAAGCGAACUCAACGAGACUACGCUAAUCUCGAUUCUGGACUUGGCUCUGACCCAAAUCGUUGGCUGCGCAUGCUUGAAAACAAGGAAUACAAGGACCCUUUCAGAAGACUGAAGGGCACGGAGCUUGAUUCAUGGCUAGAGGAAGACGACAGUGCUAUGAAAGAACCUAUUGUCGUCGAAGAACCUGAUGGUUUGGGAAUGCAAAUGCCUCCAGAAGGCCUCACUGUCGAGCACGUUGCAGAGUAUAUUGGGGAGGACACACCCGUGGAAGUCAUUGAUGUCGCGUCUCAGUCAACGGCGCCGGGUUGGAAUCUUGGCAAAUGGGCGGACUACGUUGAGCUCGAUCCAUCCAAGCGUGAAAAGAUCUACAAUGUCAUUUCUCUGGAGAUCUCGGGGUCCGAACUGGGGAACAUGAUCCUCCCUCCAAAAAUUGUCCGGGAUUUGGAUUGGGUAGAGAACUUCUGGCCGACUACAAAGAAGUCGAAGCAGAACGUAUAUCCCAAGGUGCAGCUGUACUGCCUCAUGGGUGUAGCCAAGGCAUGGACGGACUGGCAUAUUGAUUUCGCUGGUUCGUCCGUUUACUAUCAUAUUCACCACGGCGCCAAGGUAUUCUACUUCAUUCGGCCAACCCCGGCCAACCUCGCUGCGUACGAGAAAUGGUCCGGGAGUGAAUUACAAUACCAAACUUGGUUGGGAGACAUGUGCGAUGAGGUGUUUAAGGUUGAGCUGUCGGCGGGAAACACUAUGAUUAUCCCAACGGGGUGGAUUCAUGCGGUCUACACGCCAGUUGAUACGCUUGUCUUUGGAGGCAAUUUCCUCCAUUCAUACGAAGUUGCAACACAAUUGCGCGUUCGGGAGAUCGAAAUUGCAACCCAGGUGCCCAAGAAAUUUACAUUUCCUAUGUUUACAAAGUGCGUUUUCCUUUCCCUUCAAUCCAUCAAGCUGAUGGAAGGACUAGACUUUGCUGGAUUGUCAUUAUCACAACGCGUUUUAAAUGGGGUCUUGGCUUUAUCAGAGUUCCUUGUUUCCGAGGCGCGGAUAUUAGAAAUUGGGUCAGAACAAGCCAAAAAGGAGGCCAAAGAGCAAAUACCGAGCGAUCGUGUCAAGGAUGCACCAUCAGUUGCACGAGAACUUCGAUGGAGAGUGAAGCAGGCUCUGGGAUACGAUAGCGAAGAUGAAGGACCUGGACCGAGUGGGCGGUCAAGAGGGUCAACUGCCGCGGUAGCUGGCUCAAAGCGUAGGCGUGUCGAUGGCCACGAGGAAACCCCACAUUUCAAGAACUUCAAACCGAAACCAUGGGACGCUAUGGCAGUUGCGAAGGAAGACGAGAAGGAAGAUGUUGUUAAAGUGUCUCAACCAGGAGACGGCGAGCAGUGGACGCAACGUUGGACAGGGGAGAGUGUGGUGCCUAUGGCAGACGGACCGGAUGCAACGGUGAAGACUCGACGAGAGGUCAUUGUAAAGGUGCGGCGGACAAUGCGAGGGAUUGAGCGGCAACGGAUAGAACGGACAGUGGAAGAUUGGACAUGGAACGGGAAAUAA